AUGUCUGCUUGCUCAACGAGGCCUGUUGUGUUGACCCCCCCUGACCUUUACAGUAGCACCAGACGCCCCAACACACCGCAGGAGGACGACGAGACCAUGAGCCAGCUCCAGAGUGAAGGCGGGACCGCCCCGGGCCCCGCCUCCCGCCCCUCCCACGCUCAUCACGGCAACGGGUGCGACGGCGACCCCAAACACCCCGCCCACCACCCCGCCCACUUCCUGUCGGAGAUGUACUGCAGCUCCUACCCGCCGGCCCACCACCCGCACCAGCCUCACCCCCACCACCCCACGCCGUUCCCCAGCCGCGCGCCAGACAGCUCCUGGGGGCCCGGUACCCACCCCAGCUACCCCAGCAGCGGCUGGAGCGGCGCCGGGUUCCCGUGUCGCCCGGCCAACUCCUGUCUCGGCGGCAAAGAUUUCUCCCGCCAGUCGGGGGAGAGCGCUUUGUACCCGGCGGACAAUAGCUCCUCGCUGCCGGGCCGCUACAGCCCCAGCAUGGGCAGCCUGGAGCAGCCGUACUCGCUGCACUCCAACCACCCCUCGCCGGAGCUCUACCACCACACCAUGUCCCCCUACUACUGCCAGCCGCCGGGGCCCGCCUGCUGGGCACAGUGCCCCCCAGAGGCCUUCAAGAGGGGGCCCGCCUUCGCCCACCAGAUGCCCAUGCUGGUACCCCACCUGCCCUACGCGCCCUUCUAUCCGAAUGACACCAGAGCUCGAGGAGUUGGUGGCAUGGACCAUCCCAACGACCCAGCUAAAAAGGAGGAUACAUCCAAUAGCAGCCAACUAUCCCCAGAACAGAGGAAGGUGUUUGUAACAUACGAAGCUGACAAUGAAGAACACGUCAACAAGGUCAUCAACUUUGUUGCCCUGUUGCGACACAACGGCUUUGACACACACAUCGACAUGUUCGAGCAGCAGUUCAGGAGCAUCAGCAAGAUAGACUUCAUGGAACGCUAUCUGAGCGAGAAGGAAUAUCUGAUCAUCAUCAUCAUCAGUCCAAAGUACUACGACACGGUCAGUGCCUCUCCGUUUGGCCUGGAGAAUGACGAGAGGACCCUCAACACUGUCUACAUCCACAAGCAGUUACAGAAUGAAUUCAUCCAAAAUGGCAGCAAGAAUUUUAGAUUCAUUCCCAUCAUUUUCCCAGGGGGCAGAAAGUGCCACGUUCCCACCUGGCUGCAGAACACUCACGUGUUCAGCUGGCCUCGCGACCUGGACGACAUCAUCCGGCGGCUGAUGAGAGUGGAGAAGUACAAUCCCCCCGGCCUUGGGCCGCUGCCCACCAUCAUCUCCAGACCCAUCUAGACCUACCCUCACCUCCAGACCUACCCUCACCUCCAGACCUACCCUCACCUCCAGAUCUACCGUCACCU